UUCUGCACUUCUGCAACCCCUCAAUUGUCGUUUAAUUAGUCCAAACCACCAAAAUAUGGCCCUGAAUUCACGCUCCGUCUCCUUAACGCUCUUCUCUCUCACGGUGGCCACCGUCCUCUUCUCCAACGCCGUCGCCGCCCUGAGUGGCGGCCAGGAAGGCCCAAUCGUAGGCGGCUGGAGCUCCAUUAAGGAUCCGAAUGCUCCCCAGGUGGUGGAGAUCGCAAAGUUCCCCAUAGACGCCCACAACAAAGAGGCUAAAACCAAUCUGAAAUUCGAAAGCGUGAUCAAGGGAGAGAGUCAAGUCGUCGCCGGCGUGAAUUACAAGCUUGUGAUCGCCGCGGAGGACGGCGGCGCCGGGAAUAAGUACGAGGCCGUCGUUUAUGAUAGACCUUGGGACAAAUUCAGACAGCUCACCUCCUUCAAACAAGUAUGAGUAUUCAUCGCUACUCUUAUCAAUAAUGGAACAUUUAAAUGUGAAUAAGUUCCAUGUCUGAAAUGUGAUGUUUCCGAUUGAAAAGGGCAAAAAUAUUGUAUGUUUGUGAAAGAAAUAUUGAUCUAAGUUUCAGUUUCUUUGGUUUCCUUUCAA